AUUUCUGAAGGCUAAAGUUUGAGAUUGAGGUAAAACUGGCAACAUUUUGAAUUUGGUCAAGGUCAGUUCUGCUUUCCGUCCGUCCUGCGCAGUACUGUAGGGUUAUUACUCCUGGUAGGUAACAUUUCUCAGGGGGAAGGUAUUCAUGACUUACAAAACUCACUUGUACAAAUUAAUAUAAAAGGAUUACAAACUGUUGGCAUAAUUGCAUAUAACAAUCUGAGGAAGUCUGCUUAACUUCGGACAGUCCACAAAAUCUUCUGAUUUAGUCUGCGGGUACAAAUUUAGUAAACACCAAGGUUGAAUGUGCAAGUAUGACAGCUACUACAAAGCCUCGUCGAGCAUCUGCCAAAGCUUGUCUCAAGGCCAUAUGUGGACUUACUGCUCUCCAGAACUCUGAUGAUAGCUCAAUAUCUGAAAAUAUUGAAAGUGAGAUGUCAGACUAUGUUGUUGGAAGUGGGGACAAUAAUAUCACUACCGAAGAGAGUGAUUCGAAUAGUGCAGAUAAAGCUGAGAUAUCUAACGAUGCCAAACUCUCAUCAGAAAAUUCGUCGUCAACAGGCUCGCUUAUUGAUGAACCAUGUCGUAAAAAAUCAUCAAGUAAAGCUCAUCGUCCUGUUUUGAGUGACAAAGGAUGUUUGAGAUCUCCUUUCGUAAGAUAUAUGAGGUCUUGUCGUGGUCAUAUUGAUCGUGAUCCCAGAUCUGUAGCUCCUGCGAAAUUUCUGCAGUCAAUAGAUUCACUAAAACAUAUGUUCAGUAAUACGCAAAAUCCAUUUCUGUUUUGUCCCAGUGGAUAUAAGUCACAGUUUAUGUGUCGGAAAAAGGCUUUAUUUCCAACCUCGGGUGCGUGGGUACGAUCACCUAUUUAUAUCAAAAAGGAUCACCUUCCAGAGCCUCCCAUCAGCCCUAUAUAUUUAUCUGACGAAGUAAAUACAGUUAAAUUAAAACGGUUCGAAUUUGACAAGGGUUCAAAUUUAGUAUAUACUGGUGGAGCAGUAACUUGUUUGUCAUGGUGUCCUCCUCGUCUUUCUUCACUUCUGGAUUCUGAAUCAAUUGUAAAUGAAUGUUCGUUUCUUGCGACUUCUUCUAUUUUAACACCAGAUUCACAAACACUUUAUUCUGAUAAGAUGGCGAGUUGUCCUGGAUUAAUACAGAUAUGGAAUUGUGGGGCUUUAGGUCUAACAGAAGUGUCAAGUACUUUAAACCCUGAAAUUCACUUUAUCAUUUCACAUGAUUGGGGUCGAAUUACUGAUAUGUGCUGGAUACCAGUUUCACCUUUUUCGGGCAUUAAAGAACUAGUGACAAAGGCUUGUUCGUAUGGAUCAUGCAUAAUAACUAUUCCCGAAGUAGAUCGAGUUCUUGGUCAUUUAAUUGUUGCUUGUCAAGAUGGCUUUAUUCGUAUAUUAUCUAUACCAACUUGUCCAAUGAAUUUUGGGUUCGAGAAUUCAUCUGCUUCACAAUUCGCUUAUACACUUUCGAAAAAUUGUUACCUCACACUAUCCCCAUCUGUGAAAGAACAUCCUCAUUGGGUUGGUUGGCCAACGUGUACACAUAUUCGCCGUGAAUUCCCAGAUCGCCUUUUUGUUGGUUAUACCACAGGUUAUGUAGGCUAUUACAAUUUAAGUAGUCUUAAUGAUUUGGUUUAUUCGCCUCAGUAUAAUCAUUUAGCUCCAGUGAAAAUGUCACGUCUAACAAGCAGUCCGAUCACAGCAUUGUCUCUCCAUCCUCUUAAUGGAAAAAUGUUGUAUGUACAAGGCUUAGAACGUAUCGGUGGUGUCUGGGAUUUGAAUGACUCUGUAUGUUUCACUUCCGAGUCAGCUGAAAUCAGUUGGAAUCCAGUACGUGGUUUUAUGGGACGUGAAGGAAUGUGGAUUUGUAAUGGUGAAUUUUUAGUUGGUUCACGUGAAACGUGGUUUACUUCGACAUCAUGUAAAAACACUCAAUUUCCCAAGUGGUCUGCAUUAUUUGAUACUAUGGAUAACUGUAUUGGUCAGUAUUUACCUGCUGAACCAACUGAUAGUUGUAGCCAUUUAAUACCAUUAGGAAUCCAGUCACUCACGAGUGUGGAUUUCAGUGAUUCUCUCAAUGCACUUGUGUGUAGUACGGACAGAGGACGUAUUGAAGUGAUUGCUGAGUCUGUAGAGAAGCGAAAAUGUGACCCGUCACGUCCAAGAUAUAUUCCUGAGAUGAGAAUACCAUUAUGUCAAUGGACCAUGGAAAAACGACCACCAGAAGAAUUUGCUCAUUGUACCCCAUCAAAAAAUGAAGAAAAAUGGGAAGAAACAGUGGAUUUAACUAAAUGUGAUUAUGACAUAAUAGAUAUUAAUGCAUUUAUUAAUGAAUGUAAAAUUGAUCUUGAACCGAUUAAUACUCCAGCUUCUACAACUACUAAUACUACUACAACCAGUACCACUAUUACUUCUGCCCUUACAUCAGAGAUGGAUGUUGGAGAACUAAAUGAUGCAGAGCUUCGACACUUUCUUUUUCCUUCGCCUAACUGUGAACAUUGUGGAACUGAUCAAUCUAUGUGCUGGCAUAAGCUUUGGUCAAAUUAUCAAAUACGGAUCUUGUUAAAUGAUAAGGUGCCUAACAAACCUGAAUUGGAUUUCAUUAAUACUCCUAUUUUGAAGAUAAAUAAAGUUCGUUUCAAUCCGAAUCCAACAAGUGCAACAUGGAUUGCGGUAGCCAGUAGUAUAGGUUUUAUACAAUUUAUAUGUGUAGAACAAUUAUAUUGUCAAAGCUUCGAUAUUCUACUAAAUCGAACACCAACUGGAAAAGAUUCCGUUUAUUUAACACCAAAACCACAUAAUGUUGUUCUUGGUAGACCAGUGAAUCCAUGUAAUAGAAAUUCUUCUAAAAAAAAUCGACGUAAAACAGUGACUUCAUCAAACUCAACUAAUAUUUCCACAAAACAAUCUGUACAAAUAGAAUUGGAUAAUAAUGAAAUGGAUGUAGUUCCAAAGAUUUUGACAAAAACACUUGAUAAUUAUUCAUCGGAUGAUAGUGGUGCAACGGAAAUGAUGAUCAGCGAUAUGCACACAUUGAAUAUUAUUGAUACUAGUCAUGAAAAUGAUUUCACAACACAAAGAAAUCAAAUACGAAGAAGAAGUAGGCGUCUUCAGGCUCAACGCAAUCUUUCUUCAUCAACAUCUUCAACUGAUCCAUGUGAAGGAAAAUAAUGCAUUUCAACAAUUCAUCACCAUAUAUAUAUAUAUAUAUAUAUAUAUAAAUGUUAUGUACAUAAAACACUCCAUAUACAUAAACAGAUUAUGAUUUAUAUUUAAUAAAUAAUUGUGAAAGCUGCUACUUUUUUCCUUUGAAAUCUUGAUCACUAGUCAAUUAUUCUAUACAUAUCUAUGAAAAUUGUUGUCAAUCAUUUUGAUUCACAUGAUCGAAAUUAAAAUGUAAAUUUUUCACCACAGAUCUCUAUGGCUAAGUUUGCUACUGAGAAAUUUUCACUUGAUACGUCAUUUACUAAUAUAGCUGGAGUCUAGAAUCUGAACUAGUGAAAUUAAAGUUAUUCAGGGUAUUGAUACAUCGAACAAUAUAAUUCCUUAUUUUUUAACGUUAUUCUGUAAAUGUUGAUUAAUUUGGUGUGUUUUUGGAAUUUCUUCUGAAAUACAAAUGAUGUUCAUUGUA